CAGAUGCGCGCCCGCCACUCAUGCGAAAUGCCCGCUCAGGAUGGAAGGCGCCUGAAGACCGUCGCCCGCUUCUGCCUGUUCCAAAACCGAGAGGGUCCUCAUAAUCCGCGGCAUCGGUGACCGACCGGCCGGCUGUACCUUGGCUAAAGCCCUGCUGGAUCCGCUUGCCCUUCCGAGUACCGACUAAAGAAGCAAUCUGCCAUCUUCAUCCACGAUGAACCCUGGCGAAGGCAGCGGCAUGGCUCAGAUUCUCAACAAUGACCAGUUUCUUAUGGCGACAAUGCCAGAGACAAAUUUGGCAAUCGUUCCAGUGAGAUACAAGCCACUGUGGCAAGACGUUACACCUGUUGUUACCGUACCAGACGAUGACCUGCUGGUCACCCACAUCAACCAGACUGCUGACUUACUUCGAAUGCAAGGUCCAAAGGUGCAUGCUGGAGAGACCCAGACGUCAGAAGAAUGGCUCAGCACCCACAGCCUGGAGUACAUGAAGCUUACAAUCGCACACCUACUCACUCAAGGCAGGUUGAUUACGACCAAAAGUCACUUCAAAAGAAAGCAUCUAGAGUUCAGUGCGACUUCGAUCAAUGAAUUUGAAUCCCAGCUUUAUGAGGCCGUGGAGCUGUAUCAUCGGCGGAUAGGAUGGCUCAUGCAAGGGAGCAGAAAGAUAUUUGGACUGGUGAAGGGGACGAAAGUCGGCGUUCUGGUUGAUGCCUCCAAUGCCAACUGCAGUUUGGGGAAACUCUAUGAUUUCCAGCAGUGUCUUUUGGGUCUGAUAGAUGAGCAACUAUGCUACAAGAAACAACUGUACUUCUCCUCGUUUGGCACUGAAGAAUCGUCGCUGUGGAGUACCCCGAGAGACAUCAAUGUCCGCACCCUCCAUGAAGCUCGCAUGUGGAUUCAGGCGCUUGAGCCGAGCGGAGGCUGCAAUCUGCUGCACGCACUGAAGAAGAUGCUGCUUGUGAGGGACUUGAACUCAUUGGUUGUCAUCUUGGGGGGCAGCCCUGAUCAGAGCACACAUGUCUUGUUUGACUACAUUGAACAGUGCAUGGUGGGAAGGAAGGCGCUUUCUGUUCACAUGGUGGCCUUUGACUGCAGCAGCUCUGUAACUGAACACGUCGUCAAGAAGCUUGCAGAAGUCAUGGGUGGCCGUUUUCACUGCAAUGUCUCUCUAAGCCAGAUGUGCAAAGUGGGAAGGAGGAGUCCAGCGAUGCUCGGCGAUAAGGACGCGGAUCCCAAUUACUACAGCUGUGACAUUCACCACCUGCAGAGUGAACUGCAGAGAAGCGAGGAAGUGCUGAGGACGAUUAAAGAGAUGCGACAGGGGCUGCUGGGAGACACGCUGAUCAGCAUUAUGCAAGAGAUUUCUGAAGAAGUGGCCAAACUACCAUCAGCUCAUUUCCUGCCAAAGCCACCCAUGCACGACCGACCGCUCUCCAUAGAGAUGCCCAAUUUUCUGCCCAAAACCUCUGCUGAUUGGCUGAAGACUAAUGGUCUAAAAGCCAAGAAAUUAAGCCUGUACCAGAUUCUUGCUCCCAAUGCUUUUUCACCAAUUGAAGACUUUGUUCCCAUUCUUCGGAAAACGGUGUCCUCUACAUUACAUGAGAAAGCAAUGAUGCAGUUUGAGUGGCAUGACGGAACAGUAAAAAACGUGCAUGUGGACCCCCCUCUGCUUUAUAACUACCAGAAACAACUGACCAAAGCCGUGAAAAUGUAUGAGAAAAGGAUUGACUGGCUGACGACAGGCAGCAGACAGAUAUGGGGGACUGUCGGAGAAAAGAGGGUACUAAUAUUGAUCGAUACCUCGUUGACCAACGCCAUGUACAUAAUCCACAUACAGCACUCCUUGAGGCUUCUUCUGGAGCAGCAGAUGACAAAUAAGGAAUGCUUUAACAUUAUGGCCUUUGGCAAAGGCAUUAAAGCGUUGAGCAAUGAAAUGGUCACUCCAACCCCUGAUAACCUGCAGGACGCCUGGAAGUGGGUGCUAGAUUUAGAAUGCGAAGGAAGCCGCAAUUUGAUGAAUGCCUUGAAGUACGUGAUGGAGGUGGACGCUUUGGAGGAUGCGCCGGAAUGCCAAGGCAUUUACCUGUUCACCAGCGGAGUCCCUGACCAGGAGGAGGCUGUGCUGUGUAGUUAUGUGGCCGAGUUGUGCGCUGGCCGAGACCUCCGCAUCCACAUCUGCCUCUUCAGCAUCAAUACGCUGGACAUGAUCCCUGCCCGCUUCGCUACACCUCGAGAAACUGCUGUCGUAUAUCGAGACCUGGCCAACAGUAGCAAGGGGCGAUUCCAUUGGUUUAAUGAAACUGGUAUCAUUGACAGCGAUGACAUUAACAUCAUCAUGUCGGAAAUAGAAAAGGCUGUCAAUUUUUCCCAAAAGUGUGCCUUGCUGGUGGACUCGCUGAAGCAGAGGUCGGGGCACAAGCAGCUGGAAGGAGGCUCUGACACUUUGAGCAGCAGGGGAGACAAGCAGGCUGUGGCCAGACUGCCAGGCCCAAAGCCCACGGCCUUGACGUUAGCCAGAAUGCAGCCUAAGGAGGAAAGUGCCGAAGAGACAAACUCGCCGUUUAAAGCGUUGACAUGGCGCCCCAACAGCACCAAGGCCACCACUGCAUCAGCUUCUUCAAUGAAGAGUUCUGGUUCAUCAGAAAAAGACAACAAACAAAGGAAAUCCCAGAAAGUCUCACAGUGUGUUUUCUAUACUGAAGAGGGGAACAGAGUGGGUUGUGUUUUUAAGAAAUACCCAAAAGCUAAAAGUGUCAGGAAAUCAAUUCCAUUUGCUGCUUUGCCAAAAGAGGAGGACGUCUGUUCCACUAAGCAGUGGUUACAGAGGUUCAGCCUGAAGAGGCUCAAACUUGAUCUCCACAAGCUUGUGUCGGGACCCGACUGUACACAUCAGAAGAAACUGGUUCCUGCUGUGAAUAAGAAGGUGGCCGCCAAGUACUGCACCAUUUUCCCCAGCAUUGAAGUCAACGGCGUCGUGAAGCACUUGCAGUUUCAGCCUCAAGAACUGGAGGCGUACAUUGAGCAGCUGGAGCGAGUGAUCCGAAGAUACGCACAGAGGAUGCAGUGGCUACUCUCAGGCAGCAGACGACUGUUUGGGACAGUCCUGGAGAAAAAGGUCUGCAUUCUGCUGGACACCUCUGGCUCAAUGGACAUCUACUUGCCCGAAGUCAAAAAAGAAUUAACAUCUCUCAUCUGGGAGCAACUGCAGAAAAAUUGUACAAGCUUCAACCUGUUGAGCUUCUCAGACAAAGUCCACAUGUGGAAACACACUCUGCAGGAAGCGACUGACGAGGCCUGUCACGAUGCUGUGCAGUGGGUGUCGGAGGUCAAAGCUCACGGCAGCACCUGCACUUUGGAGGCUUUACAGGCUGCCUUCCAGUUGGCUGAUGUGCAGGCUUUCUAUCUGUUGACCGAUGGCAAGCCGGACACGAGCUGCCAGCUGGUGCUGAAGGAAGUGGAGCAGAUGACGCAGAGGAAGCAGAUCACAAUCCACACCACUUCUUUCAACUGUUCUGACAGCACAGCAAACAACUUCUUGAAGCGCCUGGCAUCCCAGACGGGUGGCCGAUACCAUCGGUGCACAGGAGACGUGGAUGGACAUUUAGUGGCCCACCGGAUCCUAACAGAAGGCCUCACAAACGAGGAUGAUCCAAUUCUCCCGGCUUUUGAAGGAGACGAUUUACAGAGGCUAGCAGACGAAAUCGGAAGAGCGAGGCGCUUCUUAACACAAGCAAGGGCCUUCCGGGAACUCCUGCUGGAAAAACAGCAGAAAUCGGACAGCCAGAAUUCCACAUCAGUAAGUUCACAGGUCUCAGAAAAGCCCAACUCUUUGAGCAGCAGAAGGAUCUGAGGAUGUAUUAAUUUGUCUGAAUGGAUUUCUCUUCUUGCGUGCAACUGAGAGGUCGUUCAUUUGGUGCCAUCAUUUGUAACUAAAGCAUUGUGUAUCUUUAUAUAUAAAAAUUCAGAUUUUGUAUCAUAUUUGGGGUCAAUGUCAAAUGUGUAUAUAUUUAUGAA